ACACCACAGCCAGGGGCCCCAGCGUGCAGACUGAGAGCCCAGCCAGGGGCCCCAGCAUGCAGACUGAGAGCCCAGCCAGGGGCCCCAGCAGCAGAGCGCCAUGGAAAUCCCACAUCAUCCAGCAGCUGAAGCAGAGAGAUCACAGCCAGAAAACCCGCUUCAAGGAUCUCAUUCACACCUAUAACAAACUUUUGGAGAAGUCGGGUUUACUGAAGCAAUGGACUGAAAAGCUCCAAGCGGAUCCCGUGGGAUCUCCUCCAACCCACUUCACCAGGUCAGCACUGGAUCCCUUAAGGGGCUCGUAUAGAAAGAUCAGCAUCUGGCACCAGCCAACCUACCCAAAAAAGCCUCUAAAAAAAAAAAAAAAAAAAGUAUUUGGUUGAUGGACCGACAUAU